CGUCUGCUGCUGAAAUUUUCUGCGUGUUGACAAGUGGAAAGUGUAUUGUUUUACGUGAUGUAAUAAAUACUGUGACCAUAUGAGAGAUUGUAAAUAAUGGCUGUAAAUGUACGUGAAGAUACCAGUCCACGCAAAAAGCUGACAGCAUUACCUGCCAUUGAGGAUCGCUGCUACGAGUCGAGCUUGGAAGACGAAUGGGAAAAGAACUCGUCGGGCGAUGUGUCGGAGGCAGACGUCAAGUCAAAGGCGGUCGUGAAGUACUCGACUGCGCGGUCUCUGGCCAACUUUGCCUGCCUGCGCAGCAACACGGACCUGAACCUGCCGCCUUCCAAUUGGCUGAGCAACUCUGCGACGCACUUCGGCUUCCAGCCCAUCGUGACGGACUCAAAUGGCUUUUGCAGCUUUCAGAUUGCACACAUGUUCCCAGACAGUGUGGGUGAAGCAGAUGUGAUUUCCGAUGCUGAAAAUAUCAAGAAGCUACUGAAAAUUGCAUAUAGUAAGGCAUCGGUUAGCAUGAUGGUGCACCGAGUCGAGAACACGCUUCUGAUAGACGAGUUCGAUGUGUACCGCUACUUGCUGCGCACCUCGCAGUCCGAGUGGGAGUGGCUGCGGAAGUUCUUCUUCGACCACGUGCACACCACUCUCGGCGGUGAGAAGGACAAAGGGCUGUUCCACAGGAACAAGAGCCGGCUGGCCCUACAGCAGAAGAGCCUGGUGUCCAAGUUCCUGUACCACAGCCUGGCGGUCGCAGAACCCGAGCUGGGGGCGCCCCUGCCACAGCCGGACCCCACCACCGACUCAGCCGUCCCGGCGGCAUCGCCACUGCUACCAGAACCAACCCCACAGCAAAAACAUCCUUAUCCGGCUUUCAACCACCAGUUUUCUCGCAACAUCAUGUGGACGUUCGAAGAUAUAAGGAUGCUGAUCGGCACAGACUUGCCGAUAUUUGGUGGCCCAACGCAUCCGUGCAUUAGUCUGAAACUAAGGGACAUGUCGAAGCCGAUCAGCGUGCUGACGGGCAUCGACCACUGGCUCGACAACCUGAUGUGCAACGUGCCGGAGGUGCUGAUGUGCUGCCACCUGGACGGCAUCGUGCAGAAGUACGAGCUGAUCAAGACGGAGGACCUGCCCCACCUGCAGGACUCCAAGUUCUCGCCCAAGCUGAUACGCGACGUAGCCCAGAACAUACUGUCCUUCCUUAAGGCCAACGCCACGAAGGCAGGACACACCUACUGGUUGUUCAAAGGCAAAGAUGACGACAUUGUGAAGCUGUACGACUUGACGUCACUCUGUACAGAUUUCAUGGAUGAUAAGGAUCAAAAUCCCUUCACUGUGCCAGUUGCUAUGUUGCUUUACAGGGUGGCGCGGAACAUGAAGCAGUCCCCGGACAGCCACCAGCAGCAGAAAACUGUGCUGAUGCUGCUGAAGAACUGUGUGUCUCUUUUGGCAAAGGAGAAGUACCCUCAGAUAGUGACGUCGGCCCACUACAUGCUCUCGGACCUGUACGUCCCGGCCGACACGGACCCGUCGUCCCCGGAGCUGAGCCCCGCGCUGGAGGAGGGCGGGGAGGACGAGGAGGAGGAGGUCACGGGGCCGACCAGCGUCGCCCUGGAGACGCUCUGCCAGGCGGGCAAGCUGCCGUGCAGGAAGAGCCCGCGGGGGCCGAGGAGGGGCUCCGCCCCCCGGCGGGCCCUGUGCGUGGACGUGCCGGAGCGCUGCCGCCUGGCCCUGCGGCAGGUGGUCGCGGGGUUGCAGUGCCUGCAGUUCUUCGAGGGCGACGACUCGGACGCCAAGCCCCCGGACCUGCCCCAGAAACAUGUCAACCCUGAGGAUAAGCGUGAGGAGGAGGAAGUCCAGAAAAUGGCAUACCCAUUUCAAGCAAUCCCCAUGCCGUAUGCUUCACUUUCCAAACACGACCCUCCCAUCGUGGAGGCCGCUCACGAGAACACGCCCAGCGUUCCCGGCAGAAAGACCUUGGGUAGUCGACGUAAGAAGAAGGAAGGAAGGGGCGUCGGGGUGACUCCGGAGGGUGACGGAGAGGCAGAGGGGCGGGCGGACACGUCCCCGAGAGCCCUGCUGUGCAAGUCGAAGGCGGAGGUGAAGCUGUCGUGGAGGGCCCACCUGCGAGCGCUGCUGCACGAGAAGGCACGCCUGGUGUACGCCACGCUGGCGGAGCGGGCCUUCGCGGCCGAGCGGCACGGCGAGGUGCUGCGGCACGCCCGCGCGGCACUGCGCUGCCACUGCACGCUGGCACGGCUGAGGGGCGCCGCGCCCGGCCGGGAGCUGGCCGCCCACCUGCUGACGCGCGCCGCCGACGCCUGCUUCAUGAUGGCGCCUCACUGGGGCCGUGUGCAGCACGGUCCCUGCGCGCAGCCGUCCGACGACGACCUGUACAUCCUGCGCGACGCCGAGCUCGAGGGCUGUCUCGAGGACCUGCCGGAGCUGCAGCUGAUCCCGGAGGAGGUACGCGACGUGGAGCAGGUUCUCCUGGCGAGUCGCGACUGCUACACCAGGGCCUUCUCCCUGGAGACGGAGCGGCAGGGGGCCAGCCUGCGGCGCCGGCUGGGCAACGUGGAGAACGAGCUGGGGAAGCUGUACAUGGAGCAGGCAGGAGCUUUGUGCCGGUCGCCGGAGGCGAGCGGGCGUGCGCCCGAGGUCCAGCUACUGUUCCGCACGUCCCUGCGGCACCUGGAGGCCGGGGUGCAGCACUUCAAAGCGAUCGGGGACCGCGCCAACCUCGCCGUGCUGCACCUGAACGUCGGCCGGCUCAUGAGGAUGUGCGCCCACUUCCACUCCCCGGACGCGUCCGUUCACCGCUCCAGCAUCGGCGCCACGGAGCGGGCCUUCUACAACAAGGCCACGAGCAGCUACCAGUCGGCCCUGAUGGAGCUGGGGCACCGGCGCGCGAGCCCCGAGAUCUGGGACAGCGCGGUGUACGAGCUGUCGACCACCUACUUCACGCUGGCCUGCCUGCUGCAGGACUUCCCCCCCACCGACGACAAGAGUGUGGACGAUGUAGAACGCGACGUGGUAGACCUCUUCACAAAGACACUCAAGUACUGUGAUGUUGACACCCCUGGACCCACGCAACCCGUCUACCAGUUCCGUGAAGCCACUGUUCACGCUCGGCUAGCUUCUCUUUAUCACAAGUCUUUCAGGUCUGUGGAUGCUGAUGAUCCGAAACGCAAGAACCUUGUGCAGUUGUCAAAGCUGCACUACGAGAAGGCAGCUCGCCUCAUGUCACACUUGGAGCAGGUCCCGGAGUUCCUGAGGGUCCAGAUGGAACGAGUUGCGUUAGCCGAGUUCCAGGCGGAGAGCACUCAGGCGUUCGGCACGAAGGUGAAGCUCCUGGGCCAAGCCGUGGAGCUGAUGGUCCAGUGUGUGCCGAUGCUGAAGCUCAUGGCGGGGCAGCCCCACGGCGGAGGAGGAGGGGGGCCGGCCGCCGUGGCGGGGGGCGGGACGGAGGAGCAGCGGCUGGUGCAGCUGCUGAGGCAGAGGCUGCAGUUCGCGCUGCAGAGCCUCGUGAAGCUCCACAUGGGCCGGGCCGGGGCCAAGAAGGAAUGUGACCCUGUGCUACAGGCGUACAAGAACAUGUACUCGCUUGCUCUGCAGAGCAGCGCCGAACACCUCAGUGACCUUAUUUCCUUUCUGCUGGACGUGCUGCCCAAGAUAGAGCAAUUAAGCAGGGAAGCUAAUCUACAAAAUACCAGGCACUAGACCUUUAUUUUUUUGUCUCUCUAGCAAAACACAUAAUGGGUUCGUAAAACGUUACUGUCUCUGUCCAGGAUAGAGAUACGCAUUUCAAUUUGUUUUGAUUGUUUUAUGGAAAUGAACAUUGCUGCGUAGAGGUUUGUAUUCUUAACGGUGGUAAUUACCUACACAAUUACUUUACAAACACCUUCUAUCAGAUGAACUUGGGUUCCUCUUAUUUUGUGUUUGGGCAUAAAUGAUUGUAUAUAUUAUGUAUAUACAUUUUUUUUAAAUAAAAUUUUAA